UAGCCCCUACCUCAUGCAGCAGCGAACACACAAGUUGGCACACUACUGCAAGGAGCUAGCUUCGCAUUUGGCAACUUACCCUGAAUAAUACGAGUCGCGCGAUGACGGGACAGACGGAGAUUCCGGUGAUCGACCUCGCCGGCCUCACCGCCGGCGCCGAGGAGAGGUCGCGCACCAUGGCGCGGCUCCACGAGGCCUGCAGGGACUGGGGCUUCUUCUGGGUGGAGAACCACGGCGUGGACGCGGCGCUCAUGGACGAGGUCAAGCGCUUCGUCUACGCCCACUACGAGGAGCACCUCGAGGCCAGGUUCCACGCCUCCGACCUCGCCAAGAACCUGCCGGCGGCGGCCGGCGCCGGCGGCGAGGAGCCCUCCGACAAGGUGGACUGGGAGGCCACCUACUUCAUCCAGCACCGCCCCCGGAACACCGCCGCCGACUUCCCGGAGAUCGCGCCGCCGGCCAGGGAGGCGCUGGACGCGUACGUCGACCAGAUGGUGUCCCUCGCGGAGCGCCUGGGCGAGUGCGUGGGCCUCAACCUGGGGCUCCCCGCCGGCCACGUCGCGGCCGCCUUCGCGCCGCCGUUCGUGGGCACCAAGUUCGCCAUGUACCCGCCCUGCCCGCGCCCGGGGCACGUGUGGGGCCUGCGCGCGCACACCGACGCCGGCGGCAUCAUCCUGCUCCUCCAGGACGACGCCGUGGGCGGGCUCGAGUUCCUCAGGGGCGGCGCCGAGUGGGUCCCCGUGGGGCCCACCAGGGGCGCUCGCCUCUUCGUCAACAUCGGGGACCAGAUCGAGGUCAUCAGCGGCGGCGCGUACCGGAGCGUCGUGCACCGCGUCGCGGCGGGGAGCGAGGGGCGCCGGCUGUCCGUGGCCACGUUCUACAACCCCGGGCCCGACGCCAUGGUGGCGCCGGCGAUGAGAGGGGACGACGCGGCCGCGGCGGCCUACCCGGGGCCCUACAGGUUCGGGGACUACCUCGAGUACUACCAGGGCACCAAGUUCGGCGACAAGGACGCCAGGUUCCAGGCCGUCAAGAAGCUGCUCGGUUGAGCCACCAGGCUGAGCUUCCGUUCAUGGAGAUCCUUGUUUCGAUUCUUCGCUUUUUGCUUGUUGUUGAUCCAUGGCCUGCAUUGCGUGUUUACUUUAGCAAAUCUUAUUCAUUGUAUGUAUUCUGCGGGUUGACUAAUGGUGCGGCUUAUGAACGCAUCCCGUCAAGUACAGCUUGUUUGCAAAACAUUGUUCCCUUCCGGUAAAGGUGGAUUGAGGUGAAAAAUGAAGUAAUUUCACAGA